AUAAUUCAAAAGUUAUCGUAUUCUCUUACGUAGAAAUUGAUAGAGAUGAUUCAGCCGCAAUUCUGAAUGUUUAUUUCUAUACAUCCAGUACAAAUAUCGAUUGUUACAGCCAUCCAGAAUCUGUAAAGUAGGAUUCUAUUAACGUCUGUUUUAUGAAAUCAACUUUGUGGUUUGCUUUGAUGAUGAAAUGGCGACUGGAGGGGAUAUAAUCGAUUUUGGAAUACUCCAAAGAGAAUCUGAAAAAUUCUAGUUAACGUAGCGACUGAAAAAAAUUGAGUGAAGUAGAUGCAAGUCUGUCAGAAUCGUAGAUCCUGUUAUGGGUUCCACAUCUUCCGCAUUCCCAUGGUUCAGUUUUGGAUUUUGAGUGGACUACGUUGUGUUUUUGAAAGAUGUAGAAAAAGGCCAAACAAUAAGAAGAAAUUUAAUGAUGCCCAACCUUCCUAAGCUCCUCACAGUGGAGGAGAAGAAAUAUCUUCUAGCAGUUGAAAGAGGUGACAUGGCUAACGUAAAAAGGAUACUGCAAUUAGCGAAGAGAAAAAAAGCUGUGGACAUAAAUUGUGUGGACAGCUUAGGCAGGGGAGCUUUGACGAUAUCGAUAGAUCAGGAGAAUCUGGAAAUGGUGGAGCUUUUGAUAAUCAUGGGCGUCGAGACAAGAGAUGCACUUUUGCAUGCUAUAAAUGUGGAGUUUGUAGAGGCUGUAGAGCUGUUGCUGGAACACGAGGAGUUGAUUCAUGUUGAAGGAGAACCAUACAGUUGGCAGAAGGUAGAAAGCAACACAGCUUCUUUCACACCUGAUAUCACUCCUCUCAUCCUAGCUGCUCAUAGAAACAACUACGAGAUUAUAAAGAUACUUCUGGACAGAGGAGCCACCAUUCCAAUGCCUCAUGAUAUCAAAUGCGGUUGUGAUGAAUGCAUAACUUCAUCACGACAGGAUUCCUUGAGACAGGCCCUCUCACGUCUGAAUGAAUAUAAAGCUCUUGCAAGUCCUUCUCUAAUAGCACUCUCAUCCAGUGACCCCAUUUUAACGGCUUUUCAGCUAUCGUGGGAACUCAGAGGUCUGGCCUUUGCGGAACCGGAAUGUAAAUCAGAAUACCUGGAUCUACGCCGCCAAUGUCAGCAAUUCGCAGUAGAUCUCCUACACCAGUCUAGAAGUUCACAGGAACUAGCUAUUAUUUUGAAUCAUGAUCCUGAUGAUCCAACGCCAUACGAAGAAGGAGAGCACAUGAGAUUGUCUCGAUUGGAACUAGCCAUACAGUACAAGCAGAAGAAAUUUGUCUCCCACCCUAACAUACAACAGCUAUUGGCCGCCAUUUGGUACGAAGGUGUGCCAGGGUUCAGGAGGAAAACUUCUAGCCAAAAAAUCAUGAUAAUCGUCAAAGUAGCCUUGCUGUUCCCGUUUUACUGCAUGCUGUACAUCAUUGCUCCAAAUACUCAUACAGGAAAACUGAUGAGGAAGCCGUUUAUGAAAUUUUUGAUACACGCCUCGUCGUACUUGUUUUUUCUACUAAUUCUGAUUUUGGUUUCUCAAAGAGCUGAAGACCUAUUCAUCGAACAAUUUGGGACCGAAAAAUGGAAAGAGAGCGUGGUAGAAAAGUAUGAAAGGCAGAGGGGGAACCCCCCAAUGCUCCUUGAGUAUGUGGUCCUUAUUUAUGUUUUAGGUUUUAUAUUUGAGGAGGCGCAUGAGAUGUUUUCUGAAGGUUUUGCAAACUAUCUGAGGAACAUGUGGAAUAUAAUAGAUUUCACCAGGAAUUUUCUCUACACUGCCGUUCUACUCCUAAGGGUUGCAGCUUAUUUAGAACAAAAUUCGGAGAUCUCAAGAAAUCCUGGGACUGCAUACCUUAGAAGAGAGGAAUGGGCUGCUUUUGAUUUCCAGCUGGUGGCAGAAGGACUUUUUGCUGCUGCUAAUGUUUUCAGCGCGUUAAAACUUGUUCAUCUCUUCUCAAUAAAUCCACAUCUUGGACCCCUUCAAAUCUCUUUGGGCAGGAUGGUCAUCGACAUCGUAAAAUUCUUCUUCAUAUACAGCUUGGUACUUUUCGCGUUCGCAUGUGGGCUGAAUCAGCUUUUAUGGUACUUUUCGGAUUUGGAAAGACAAAAAUGUUUUCAUCUUCCUAAUGGUAAUGCGGACUUCGACAAUUUCGCUGAUUCUUGCAUGAAAUGGAGAUAUUUUGCCAAUGUUUUUGAAUCAUCCCAAUCCCUGUUUUGGGCUAGUUUUGGCCUCGUUGAUCUAUCCAGCUUCGAAUUGACUGGCAUCAAAACAUAUACGAGAUUUUGGGGUCUUCUCAUGUUUGGUUCAUAUUCCGUUAUAAACGUUAUAGUGUUAUUGAAUCUCCUCAUAGCCAUGAUGUCCAACUCCUAUGCCAUCAUAGAGGAACAUUCCGACACUGAAUGGAAAUUUGCAAGGACCAAACUAUGGCUGAGUUAUUUCGAAGAAAGUGCCACUCUACCACCUCCAUUUAACCUUAUACCUACGCCAAAACUUCUAUUGAAAUCCUUAGGUUUGAGGAAGAAGGACAAACUGGCAAGAAUGUCUUCAAAGAUACGAAACAGGGAAGAGAGAGAACGAGAUUACAAAUAUUCAGCAGUGAUGAGAGCUCUAGUUUGGCGCUAUGUUGCAGCCCAACAUAAGAAAGAAGAAGAGAAUCCAGUAACUGAGGAUGAUGUUAACGAGCUCAAGAGCGAUAUUUCCUCGUUCAGGUAUGAAAUACUGGAAGUCUUACAUCGGAAUGGAAUGGAUACUUCUUCAGCUGAUAGAAAAGAAAAAGCAAUACUUGGAAAGAAAAACAAGGUCUGGGAACGAAGAUUGAUGAAAGACUUCAAGGUUGGUCCAGUAGCAACAGAAGAUGAUGAAGAAUUUCUUUAUGCUCCUCCAGAAAACGAAACUGCAACUGCCAGAUUCCGAAGAAUAGCCAAGCUAGCUAUCCUCAAUUCUGGAAUGAACAAAUGGCGCCAAGUUGUUAAAGGAGCAUGCAUAGCGUCCCAAAUUGGACAUUGCAACAGCAGAGACUCGUUCAGAAAACAGCAGAACCUUCAGCAAGCCAUCCAAGCAGCCCAAAGCCUUACCAUAAAAUCUCCAGAAGGCUCUAGAUCCGUUACACCAAUAAGUCUACCAGAUACCACAGGACUGAACAUCAUCAACAUCAUAAGAGACUUCGACGGUGGUAAAUUGAAGCCGCCAACUAGAAUAUCUCAGGCAGCAGAGCUGAACUCCGCGCUUUCUCAAAGAUUAGAGCCUGAUCUAAUCAAUUUGAACGAGAAAUCUUCACCUUUACCCUUCAAGCAUAUCCUGGGAAAUGAGUUUCCUUUGGAAACCAUCAUGGAGAUUUCCAGGAGAAAUACAAUGAGUUCUUCUUCGCAAUCUGAACUAGCAGCUGAGGAAAUAGAAGUAGCAGAGGAAACUAAAACUGAAGAAACAGAGAAGACACAGAAAGAAGGUCAAAAGGAGGAAUGUACAGAUACAAACUUCGAUAUUAUGAAGAAAAUGGGAGAGGAGAUGAAAGCAGACGCCCAGAUUGGUGUCGAAGACGUUUUGGAUAACUCCAAUUUAGUGUACACCUCCGGGAUUGUACAGCCAGAAGAACAGCCACCAGCAGAUGCUCAGCAGCCUGAAAUUGAAAACGAAUCCACCAAGCUUGAAUCGACAGGAGAUCAUAAGCAAGCAACACUUUCUGAUAGUCAAAUUUCUUCAGAAAAAAUUGUUGAUGAUGCAUCUAGUUGCCCUACGGAGAAAUCUUCACCAGACGAAGACUCAGCUUCUAAAGAUGAUCUCGAAGAAACAUCUACUCCAUCUAAAACACCGGAAACGCUGAAAAAAGAAUCUUCGUCGACAUCUCAAGAUGGUGUUCGAGUAAAAUACACAGCACCAAGAGCUCCAGAAUUAUCAUGUGAGGAAAAAACUACGACAACGAGAGUUGAAACAGAAGAUAGCAGUACUUCAAGUCCACCAAGUGGUAGUGGAGACGCUUCUGAUGAAGCCAUACCAGAACCAGUUAAGAUUAAAGGUCCUUCUGUGACGUUUUCGCCAGCCUUAGAUGAUGUGCAAGUGGAAUCUCCUAAAAUGGGGAAGUCUGUGAAUGUUGAGAAGGCAGAGGAACCACCAAAAGUGCCCUUGAAGUCCAGUUUGAAGACGAACGACCAAAAGCUUUUGACUCCUACAGCAUCACCGAGCACCUCAAGGCCUCAAAGUCCAACGCCAUCAGAUGGUGGAAAAUCACCUUUAGCCUCCAAGAAUAUACGAAGAGUUGAUAAAAGAAGCCAACCAAAGUUUGGAUGGCUCUAAAUUUUAUGAUAUGUUAUAUGUUUCGCUCAAAUUUGAGCAGUUUGUAAAUAGAAAAAAAGAAUUCAUUUCAUACCUUUGCUCGGCAAGGGUGAUCAACAUACCAAUGAUAUCAAUUUUUUGAAAUAUUUAUUAGUUAAUUUCAAUUCUUUGUUAUUGUAAUAAUGAACACAUCCCUUUAU